AUGAUUCCCACAAUAGCUUUAAGGUCCCCUGAAUUAGUGCAAAAGGUGUUGAAGAGUUUUAUGGGUGCAGGAGGCUACGAUGCACUUGUAUUGCCAAAGCUCAAAGUAAUCAACAGUGAGAAUGGUCGAGUUUCUGCUGAAUUUCAGGUCGAAAAGCAACAUUUGAAUAGACUUGAAUCUGUCCAUGGAGGUUUGUUGGCAACUGUUGUCGAUAUUGGCGGUUCUUUAGCUAUCGCAUCAAAGGGGCUUUUUGCCACUGGUGUAAGCACAGACAUCAAUAUUAGUUACAUCUCUGGUGUCAAGCAAGGGGAAACUAUCAAUAUUGAUGCUCGAGUAGAUAAAUUGGGUAAAACAUUAGCUUUUACAACUGUAGAAAUGUACAGCAAAGGUCGCUUAGUUGCCCUGGGCAGACAUAACAAAUUCGUGGCUCAGGCCUAUAAUCAUCCCGAGAAUUUGAUCAAAAAAUAA